UCUUCUCUUAUGUCUCAAUCUCUCUUAAAAAAUUAACAACGUUUCACCUUAUCCAAUCUCGCCUUUUUUAUUUUAAGCAAUCUCUCUCUCAUUGAAAUUAUUUCAUUCUCUUCUCUCUAAAUUUUAGGGCUUGGUAAAUGGAGGUUUGCGUGAUCGAUCGGCAAGAGUGAUUAUUAUUAUUAUUAUUAUUUUAUUUUUUGUGUAUUUAUGAAAUGGCGAGUGGCGGAGGAGACGAAGAAGCCGAUGCGGUGCUCAGCGACGUGGAGGAGGGAGACGAGCCGGUGCCGAUUUCGAUAAAGAGUCCGAGCGCGGAGGAUGUAUCGGUGGAGAGGUUUCGGGAGCUUCUCGCCGAGCUCGAUCGGGAGAGGCAAGCGCGCGAGGCGGCGGAGAGUACCAAAUCGGAGUUGCAGGUUUCGUUCAACAGGCUGAAGGCUUUGGCUCACGAGGCGAUCAAGAAGCGCGACGAGUGGGGGAGGCAGAGGGACGACGCUCUGCGCGAGAAGGAGGAGGCGGCUAGGUUGAACGAGAAGGUUACGGCGGAGUUGGCGGAGGCGAACAAGGCGAGGGACGAUGUUUCGAAGCAAAUCGACGAGUUGGUGAAGGAGAGAGACGGUUUGAGAUCGGAGAUUGGGAAUUCUAACCAUAUGCUCGCGACUGGGAUUGAGAAGAUAUCCGGGAAAGUCAGUAGCUUCAAGAAUUUCGCGGCCGCCGGGUUGCCGCGGUCGCAGAAGUACUCGGGGUUGCCGGCGGUGGCGUAUGGAGUGAUCAAGCGGACGAAUGAGAUUGUGGAAGAGCUCGUUAAGCAGAUUGACGCCACGACGAAGUCGAGGAAUGAAACGAGGGAGGAGAUGGAGCAUAGGAAUUAUGAGAUUGCCAUUGAGGUUUCUCAGCUCGAAGCCACGAUAAGCGGGUUAAGGGAGGAAGUUGCGAAUAAAACUUGUGCUGUUGAGGAUUUGGAAAAGAAGUUAUCUGAGAUUGAAGGAGAGAUGAAGGAGAAAUUGAGUAAGAUGGAGAAUGAAGGUUUGGAGUUGAGGGAGUUAGUUAAUGAGUAUGAUGAUAAGUUGAGGAGCUUAGAAUCGAAGAUGGAAUCGCAGAGGCCUUUACUGAUUGAUCAGUUGAGUCUUGUGUCGAGAAUUCAUGAGCGUAUAUAUGAUGUGAUUAAGAUGGUUGAUGUUAACAAUUUGGACCAGUUCUCGGACUCAUUGUUUGUCCCACAAGAAACGGACACGGAGGAGAACAUACGUGCUGCUUUAGCUGGGAUGGAAUCCAUAUAUGAAUUAACCAAAAUUGUUGUUGAAAAGACGAGGGAUUUUGUAGAGGAAAAGGGUCGUGAAAUCAAGAGUUUAGAUGAAACGGUGGGUCGAUUGGUUAAGGAAAAAGAGCAUAUUGGAUCCUUACUUAGGAGUGCUCUGUCUAAUAGGGUGACAUUGGACCCAUCUUCCAAAACGAAUGAGUUGUUUCAAGUUGCAGAAAAUGGUUUGAGAGAGGCCGGGAUAGAUUUCAAAUUCAGCAAGCUUCUCGGGGAUGGAAAGUCUCAUAAUGACAAUGUGGAUGCGAUGGGGACAGAGGAGGAUGAAAUAUACACUUUGGCUGGUGCAUUGGAGAAGAUUGUCAAGGCAUCUCAGCUUGAGAUCAUUGAGCUGCAGCAUUCUGUGGGUGAACUAAGGGCAGAGUCGAGUUUACUUAAAGAGCAUGUAGAGGCUCAAGCCAAGGAGCUCAACCAUAGAAUACGUCAAAUAGAGGAGCUCGAGGAAAAGGAGAGAGUGGCAAAUGAAAGUAUUGAAGGGCUCAUGAUGGACAUUGCUGCUGCUGAAGAAGAAAUUACAAGAUGGAAAGUAGCAGCAGAGCAAGAAGCUGCUGCAGGCAGAGCUGUUGAACAAGAGUUUGUGGUGCAGUUGUCAGCACUUAAGCAGGAGCUUGAAGAGGCUAAGCAGUCCAUGUUGGAGUCAGAGAAGAAGCUCACAUUCAAAGAAGAAACAGCCACUGCUGCCAUGGCAGCAAGAGAUGCAGCUGAGAAAUCAUUGAAGUUGGCAGAUUUGAGGGCAUCUAGGCUGAGGGAUAGAUUAGAGGAGCUUACCCACCAGCUUGAAGAAUUUGAAAACCGGGAAGACUCAAGGAGGGGCCAAAACAGGCCUAGAUAUGUAUGCUGGCCAUGGCAGUGGCUUGGACUUGACUAUGUAGGUAUCCGGCGACCAGAGACAGAACAACAGGUUUCAAAUGAAAUGGAGCUUUCUGAACCUCUUCUAUGAUUAUACUUUUUCCCCCUUCUGUGUAGUUGUGAUAUUUCAAACUAAAAUAGUAAAGAAAUUGUAGCUUAUAGCAACUUCAUUCUUUAAGAUUGUCCUGUUUGUUGUAAUUUGGUGCUGACUGUUGAUUGAUAAUUUUUGCAAGGAAGCAGCUUCCA